GGCUCGGGGAGAUGACAGCGCGGGGAGGAGGAGGAGCAGGAGAAGGCCAGGCUUGCUCUGACUUGCCCAGCUGAGUGCAGUCGCUGCUGCAGGCCAGUGAGUCCUUUCACCUGUCAGCAGGAUGGCUCCAAAGAGAAAAGCAGCGGCGGCGGUGGCUCGAGCCAAGGGCUCCAGCAAGGGGAAGCGAGCCAAGGUGAAGGAGGAGAUCAAGGAGGAGGCGCAGGAAGAGGCCAUUGAGGCUCCAGACCGUUUCCAAAGCGCUGUCCAGGCCCUUAAAGCCGCGACAGGGAAGAAGGGAAAGGUGAAGAUAGACUCGGCCUGCUCGCUGAGCGGACAGUCCAACUACCAGGUCUACGAGGAUUAUGACUGUAUGCUAAACCAGACCAACAUCGGAAACAACAACAACAAGUUCUACAUCAUCCAGCUCAUUCACAGCCCCGACAGAAAAAACACCUACUACUGCUGGAACCGCUGGGGCCGGGUGGGGGAGGGGGGUCAGAGCAAGUUAAGCAGUUUUGCUGGUCUGGAUUCUGCCAAGAAAGACUUUGAGAAGAAGUUUAAAGAUAAAACAAAGAACAACUGGUCGGACAGAGAGAACUUCACUGCACAUGCCGGAAAGUACACGAUGAUUGAGGUAGAGCACGACGACGAUGAGGAAGAGACCGGCGAGGCCGUGGUCAAGGUGGACACCGUAGACGGAGUGUGUAAGAAGGUCCGGCCCUGCUCUCUGGACAAACCCACCCAAGACCUGAUGUCUCUGAUAUUCAGUAGUGACAUGUUUAAGGACGCCAUGCAGACCAUGAAUCUAGAUAUAAAGAAGAUGCCAUUGGGGAAGUUGAGUAAAGCGCAGAUAGCGAAGGGCUUCGAUGCUUUAGAAGAGCUGCAGGCCGCGCUGGACAGGAAGGCGAAGAAGAGUGAGCUCAGCGAGUUGUCUUCGCGCUUCUACACCAUCAUCCCCCACAACUUUGGACGCCUGACGCCCCCCGUCAUCGACAGCCUGGAGGUCUUACAAGCCAAGAAGGACAUGCUACUGGUCCUUGCAGACAUUGAGCUGGCGCAGACCCUCCAAGCAGACAAGGUUAAGCAGGAGGUGGACCUGGCCGAGGUCCCCCACCCCCUGGACAUCGACUACCAGCUCCUCAAGUGUCAGCUCAGCCUCCUGGACCCAAAGUCUGAAGAACACCAGAUCAUCGACACCUAUGUAAAGUGCACAGGACCCACCUACCGUCCGCUGAAAAUCCUGAGUGCCUGGCGUGUAGACCGAGAGGGCGAGGAAGAACGACUCAGCGCCCAUAAGGACAUCGAUAACCGCCGCUUGCUGUGGCAUGGCACCAACGUGGCCGUGGUGGCUGCUAUUUUGAAAAGUGGCCUGCGCAUAAUGCCGCACUCAGGGGGACGUGUGGGCAGAGGGAUAUAUUUUGCUUCUGAGAACAGCAAAUCUGCCGGAUACGUCCGCAGCACCACCAGCGGUCUUGGAAUCAUGUUCUUGAAUGAAGUGGCUUUAGGGACGGAGCAUCACAUCACACAGGAUAACCCCUCUUUGAAAACUGCUCCGAAGGGAUAUGACAGCGUGGUGGCGCGCGGAAGCACCGAGCCAGAUCCGUCCCGGGACCGCGAGCUGACGCUGGACGGCAGGAAGAUCACUGUGCCCCAAGGAAAACCAAUCAACGUGACAAAGUUCAAGGACUCGUACUUCUCCCAGAGCGAGUACCUGGUGUACAAGGAGAGCCAAGCCCGGCUGCGCUACCUCCUGUUACUGCAGUUCUAGGCUCCGCGCCUCCCCCACCACUGACUGUGGGAAUAAUGCAGGACGGACAUUGGCGAGGCACGAGGCAAACUCUGCCUCCAACGUAAAGUCUAAUCCUGGAGUUUAUAGACACAAAAUAUAAGAAUAUGUAGUUAU